AUGGGUUUAUUUUAUCAUCAUUUAUCAAUUAAAUACCAUCAACAAAAACAAUUAACACUUUCAUCCGUUUUAUUAAAAUCGAUUGGUGUCAAAUUAAAUAUAAUCAAAACAACAAUCGGAACAGGUAAUAUUGGUUCAAUAAAAGUCAAUUUCACACAAAAUACAAUCACAUGGAGUGGUAACAUAUAUCCAUAUUAUACCACAGAAAAAGAAUGUUCAUCUAAAUACCAUGAACAUGGAAUAUGCGAUAAAACAACAGGUACAUACAAAUGUAAUUCAGAAUACACAGGUUUCGAUCGUUCAUCACCAAUUAAUAAUAAUAAUAAUAAUCAAGCAGAAACAGAAACAAAUAAUAAUGGAACAGUUAUAAUUGUUAUAAAAAACAAGUUAUAG